AUGUAUUCAGCUGCUAACGCUCAGCUCAGGGAUAUGAAGGCACUGGUUGACCAGCUCCAGGCCAUAGUCAACCAGUUUCAGCUGGUUCAAGCUGGCCAGCCAGCGCAUGUCCCCAUGGUCCAUGCUCAGGUGGUCGGUGUGGAAGCCAGGCAAGCCACGCCACCUCAGGCCCCACCAUCCAGGCAAGCCUCGCCACCUCAGGCCCCACCAGCCAGGCAAGCCUCGCCACCUCAGACCCCACCAGCCUGGCAAGCCGCGCCACCUCAGGCCCCACCAGCCAGGCAAGCCUUGCCACCUCAGGCCCCCCCAGCCAGGCAAGCCAUGCCACCUCAGGCCCCACCAGCCAGGCAAGCCUUGCCACCUCAGGCCCAACCAGCCAGGCAAGCCUCGCCACCUCAGGCCCAACCAGCCAAGCAAGCCUCGCCACCUCAGGCCCAACCAGCCAGGCAAGCUUCGUCACCUCAGGCCCCACCAGCCAGGCAAGCCUCGCCACCUCAGCAAGGCAAGCCAUGCAACCUCAGACCCCCUCCCGCCCCACCAGCCAGGCUAGACUCAAAGGUACCAAACUAA